AACAACAGUGAAGAUACAGCGGUGGCGGCGAUCGCCUGUCUGCGACACCUCAAGACAAAUUAUGAAAUAGUGUGUAAAAUAUUUUCAGUUUCUUAGUGAAACUCUUGUUUAUAUAGUAUAGUACUCUAGUCACGCAUGGUCGCAAGCCCUAUAUAAGCAAUGGUGAAGUGUGUGGUGUGAAACUACUCAGGAAGUGAUAUCUCAAAGUAACGGAUGUUUUACUGAUAAGACCCUUGGACUUUUUGUCAUGACUACAAUGCAAGGAUGUAUAAGUGGACAGGAAACCCCGCUGGACGACCUCCCGUCAUGGAAACGCGAAUUGAUCCUUCGGAAGAGAGCCAAUGUGAGAAUGCAUGGAGGAUUUGGUCUUCCGACUCCCACCCCUCCGAUGGCGGGUCGUGGACGAGGCUCGCUGAGUGGCCGCGCCCAGCCCUCGUCAUCCUCGCUGAGUGGCCCCCACCAGGCGGUGUCACGCUCGCUGAGUGGGCCGACCCCCUCCCACCCCCACCCGCCGACCCAUGCGAACAGCAACGCGGUCAGUUCACGUUUGGACGGUGUUCGUGCGAGUGGCGGUAGUGGUGGUGAGAGAAAUGAGAACAAGAAAUAUGCUGUAACGAGUGAGAUAUCGAGUGCCAACAUAGCCAGCAACAUGCAUCAUAAGGGCUUGAAUGAUGAGGGCCCUCGGGUAUCCUCGCCCACGUAUUCUUCGUACAGUGAUUCCUUCGGGCAGGAAGAAGACGAAGAACUUAGUUAUGGCCCGGGCAUUGUGUCCAAACUUAAGAACCGGUACAUGAGCCUUGCCAUGAGAGAGAGUCGCGCCCGACCUUCUUUGCGGCGGUUCAGCUCCCUUGAGGACUUGUUAGACACUGAGCCCCGUGGGCCGUGGCAGGAGCGUGGCACCGCGGAUGUCAAGGCCCGCGCAGUGCCAGAAACCGCUGCCACACACAGACGGGAUGUGAUGAAAAGAGCCCGUUCUGUGGACUCACUGAGCAGUAGGCUAACCGAGGAGGUGGGUAGGGGCAGAAGCGCGGGUCUGCCCAAAAGCAAGUCAGCAACCAGUCGCCUGCAAUCUAGUCUAUGUGCAUUGGGCAAGGAUGACGUCAUCAUCAUAGAGACGACCAGACCUGUUGGCCAAGAGCAGAAGGCAGUGAACGGCGGUGCCCGGACGGUGGAUGCGGGGGAGCCGCCUCCUCUCACCCGCAAGCUGUCCUCCUCCAGCCUGGCCGAGGACGAGGAGAUGCCGCCUCCCGACACAGUGCGGCAGGUCAAGCGGAUGUUCGAGCCCUUGGCAGGGCGCCCCUUGCGUGGUGCUGCCGCCCGCGUGGCCGCCCACAAGGCCCAGCAGGCCUCCAAGACCAAUGGCAUCAGCCCCGUGGCCAAGCCCGCCCUCAAAGCCAAGCCCUCGGUCGUGCCCCCAGGCAAGGUCUCCUCCCCGACCUCCCCCUCGCUGCCCGUCACGAUCGAGGAGGCCAAGUCGUCCCUGCGGCAGGUGGGCCAAGUGAAUCGGGCGUCCCCCAGGCCCACCCUCAGCGUGCGGGCCACCGCUCAGAACGGCGACGCGGGCGAAGGGCAGAACGGCGUGCAGGAGAGAGCAGGUGUGGCCAGGGUGCGGCCCGGCCUGACCCCCGUCACCGCCUCGGUCACAGCUCCUCUGGUGAACGGCGAGCCCGGGAUUGCCCUCGCCCACACCCACGGCGAAAGCGGCAGUGCGCACGAGGGCGUGAAGAGGGUAUCCCAAACAGCUGUGUCCAACAUCAGAAAGGAGAGCCACUCUCAGGAAUUCAACUUCACUGCUGCCACUCGACCUGCUGGCAACUCGCAGUCAGGGCUGCAGGCGGCCAGGCCCUCCUCCCCUACGCCCACGCCCCUGCCCGCCUCGCCCGUGGCCUCGCACAGAGUGCCCACCCACUCAGCCUUCAGUAGUAAGGCAGACAGGGCACAGGAGAGUGAUCGCGUCCUACAGGAGAACCUCAAGAACGUGGAAAAAUCGCGGCCGCAGAUACAGCAACAGACUGCCAAAGUGGAACCUCCUGCGAGGUUAGAGUCUAAGGUUGAACCCUUAAAAGAAACCAAAGUCGAACUUGUGAAACCUACCCCUACUAAAGUAGAUCCUGUGAAACCUACUCCUACGAAAGUGGAUCCCGUAAAAUCUACUCCAACGAAAGUGGAUCCCGUGAAAUCCGCUCCCGAAGUGGAGCAGCCCCCUAAGUGGUCCCCUAAAAAAGUGGCCCCCCCAAAAAGCGAAUACCCCCAGUCCCCAGUGCUCAGCAAGCCCUCUCCCGCCGACGAGCUGGUGCGGUCCUCGGGCAAGGGCUCACUGGUGGAGGCCGUGAACACCUCCAACAAGCAGGCCUCCACCAACGGCGCGGGCGGCCUCUCCACGCCUCCCCUCAAGACGGCAGGACUCAGGGACAGGUGGCACCAGCAGGAGAACAACACCAUCGUCUUCAACUUCACCGCCAGUAAGAAAACCACCCCGGACUACAUCGAGAACGAUGGCAUCGACCUGUCCAAACGGAGACCUGAGGCAAAGCAACUGGACUCCGGGUACGUGAUCAUGCCCGGGUGGGGCGGGCCGGCAGACUCCAGCACUGACGGGGACGACGACGACCCCAACCUGGACUACCUGGACGCCCGACCCGGGGUACUGCCCGCGCCCUCGGGCAUCGUCUUCGAGGGCGAGGCCGUCAUCAUCAACGGCAGGAGCAACUUGCAGCGACAGCCCAAGACCAAGAAGCUGAACCUCUCGUUCGACGACUCGCUGACGCAGACGUACGAGUAUCCGAGCGAGCUGUCUCUGAUGGAGGAGAUGGGCUCCCCCAGCGACGACCUCCUCCCGUCCAACACCACGCUCGACUCUCCCUCAACGCAAGGUGGCUUGGCGAGUUACACCCCCAGUAAAAUCCAGCUUGGUAGCACCUUUGAGCUUGGUGUGUCUCGAACACCACCGCCCGUCCAAGCUCCGCCUCCGGUCCCUUCUGCUCCAUCAGAAAGGGUCGAAGAGGACUACUUACGACCAGCCGAUGAAUCCGAAACCGUCACAUGGAGUGCUGAGAGUACAUCUGACAUGCUCUUCUAAGCGGGAUCACUUAACAAGGAUCAAGCUCAAAUUAAAGUCUUUGCAAAUAGUUGAUCAGCUGCCAUCCAGUUUAAUCAAAGUCUUCAAGAAUUUGUGCUUCCCCGUAUCAGAACUGUUUAUAGAGUCUAUGCAGUAAUGACCGCCCAGCAUGCACUAGAAGAUGAUGUAAUUGUGAUAGAUUCUAAAAUAUCAUGUCUACAUUUUGAUGAUUUAGGGCAAUAUGUGAAUGUUCUUACAUUCCAUUUGGCUAACAGAUGAAUAUGUGCAUUCUUGUUGUGAUGAAUAAUGAAAAGAAAUUAUUUUUUGUGUUACUUGGGAUAGUGUGAAAUAUAGAAGGAACCAUUUUUGUUUUUGUUUAUGUUUUUAGUGAUUUUGUGAUAUGUUUAAUAUUGAGAUUUUUCUAAUAUAUGUAUCUUUAGAUAUUGGAACAGGAAAGCAGUUUAUAAAUGUUUGCUUAAAUAUUUUGUGUAUUUGUUUUCAAUCAAACUGCUCACUAAAUACAUGAUUUUUAUAUCUAAUCUUACUAAGAAGAAUAUCAAAGGGCCUGUUGUUUGUUACCACAGGUUUCAGAUAAUGAUUCUUUCCAUGCAUUGCAUAGAGAAAUAAAUGUGGAAGUGAAUGUUUUUUCCAAGAAAAGUGCAAGGCUUCAUAUGAUCAUUGGAUGUGUAUGCUAUGUUAUGAUAUGUUUUUGUUUUUUAUGAAGAGAGUUGAUCAUUUCAUUCUUUUUCUGUUAGUGAAUCAGAGAAGAAGUCGAAAGAAUAUCAACUAUUUCCUCAAAGCUUAACAACGAAACCUCAUUCCACACAAGCAUCAGUUGUGAUGAUCAUUCUCGUGGUGUCAUCAAAGGUAUUGCUUGUGAACUUCUUUACUUUUAACUGUAUAUAUGACACACACUUUUCAUGCAUAUGUAGCAAAGUUUAGUGUAUUUUAUAAUUUUUUUUUUCUUUUCUUUUCUUUUCUUUCAGUGAUUAAAACUUGCUUUGAUUUAACCAAAAAAUAGAAACUGAAUUAGGGUGAUGUGUCAUCUCUGUAGGUUGAUAUUUUUCCACAAGUCAUUCCUACCUGGGGGCCAUUUUCCCCCCAUUAUUGUAGAUAUACACCAAUGUUUUUUUCUUUAUUUAUUUUUUUUUCUUUCAGUCAGACAGAAUGUAGCAAUGAGGGCAUUAAGCGCACACUCACGAUUAUCAAACAGAAGAAAAAACUGAGAAUAAUGCUUUGCCCUGAUUCCUCAUUGUAGAAUGAAUGGUAUCCAAAAAUGGUCAAUUAUCCAUCCAUAAAGAAAAUGUAGACUUUUCCUAAGAUCAAUCAGGAUUUUGUCCUCCUCCAUAAUAUUCUUCAGUGGUCAUUUUUUGCAGUUUCAUCAGUUUUAGGGAUCCUGGGCUAUGGAAUUAAUUGAUUGUGUGACAAAUAAGAUCAUUCCUGACUGCAUUUGUUGUGCAUAGCAACUAAUUCAGUUUUUGUCAUGAAAUUAUGCAUACAGUUCAAAGCUGGACAAAGUGGAGAGAUCUUUUAGUCAUUAGAGAGUGAUUGACAUCAAAAGUUUUCCUUUCCUGCCAUUGUUUAUUUAUAGAGGUAUAACUUUGUACAGAUUCAUGAAUACCUUUUGCAACAUUCAAAAUCAGAUGUCACAUAUAUGAAAGGGAAUGUAUGUCUUUAUAAAUAAAAGCAGAAAAUAAAACAUAACAUUGACAACUGGCCUGAGUCUGGAAAUGCUUUUUGUAAUGAUAAAUUUAUAAAUACAGCUGUCACGCUGAUGACAUUGCUAAUUUAACAAUGAUUUUGAAAGAGUGCUAUCUUCUCCCUCUUUAUCUUUAUAUUUUGCAGUUACAGUUUUUAUUUUUUCCCAAGAUGUGGAUUGGGAAUUGAAAAAUGUACAAUAAUUUGAAUUCAGGAAGUAUGCAGAACAUGUGUCUAAUGUGUAUGUAUAUGUGUGUGCUAUUGUGUAACACAUGCAUUUGCAUAGAUAAAACUCUUGGUGAUGCAUUAGAAUAAAUGUGUGCAGAGAGAAAUAUGUUUGUAAUAAAGUAAUGAGACAUUAUUAGACAAGUGAAAAAAUGCAAUGCCAAAGGUAGUAAGGGAGUUAUUGCCUAAUCUUUGGUGUGAAAAUAAAAAUGAAUCUGACUGUAAAUGGAUUACUUUACUGAGUAUGAACUACAGGGCUUUUUGGAAUUUCUUAAGUAACAUCUAGCAUUAUUAUUAAAAAAAACACUUAUCUUGUUGUGAAGUUUGUACAAAUUGUACACUUAAUGCUUGUCCUUGUAUUUUUCUCUGAAUUAUGUCAUAUUAUAAAGGCAUCAGCCAUUCAUGAUACUGCAUCACCAUUUGCAAGCAUUAAGCCAUAUAUUACUAGCUACUGUAGUCUGUCAGUUCUCUUCUACUUAAUUUCUAAUGCUUUAUGUUAAAACAGGCUUGCCUGUGGUCCAGCAGUGUUUUAGACUGUCACAAAGCUCUUAGGCAGGCAAUUUUGGUAAUUCCAUUUGUUUUUGUGGUUCAUUGGUGUCAAGAAAAGAUCCCAUAAAACAUACAUUAUUCAAGUGAAGAGGAAAUGCCAAGGAUGACCAGUCUUUGCACUGUAAUUUCUUUGACUUCUCUAUAAACUGGUGUAUAUUAGGAAGGAAGCAAGAAUUGACCAGCAUUUAAUAAGUACAUACAGGCAUAAUAAUUAUAAACUGCUUAAUUUUUGGAGUUAUAAACUGAUAUUCACACUGUUCCUGAUAAUAUAAAGUGACAGGUGUACAUUGCCUACAUUACUUGAAAUUAAUCAAGCAAAAACUAUCAAAGACAAGAUUGGAAUGCCAUUAUAAUUCUGCUGACCCACUGAAAAAUGUAAAAAUAGUUGUAUAGUAAUGAAUGUAUGUAUCAUUCUGCAAUGUAAGUAUACAACUUUGUACAGAUUUUGGUACAAUUUUGUACUUCAUAUGUGUAUGCUUAUGAUUCUUAUUAAUUGGAUUUAUGUUAAUAAGUCAUUCAUAUGUCUCCUGUAUGGUAUAUUGGAAACAUAGGUCAGUACAUGAGUACAUUUCCUGUGUUGCAUUAACGUAGAGCAGGAUCAGGCCAUGUCAUGUCAGAUGAAAUGUUAUGUAGACUUGCUGUCAUGUGUGGAGAUUUUCUGUACAUGCUCACUUGAAAACUUUCCAUGUAUUAUGGUGCAUUGUAUAUUCUAGGAGAGUGACCUCUUGUAUCUCCAUCCAUCCCAUUAUAUAUAUAUAUAUAUAUAUAUAUAUAUAUAUAUAUAUAUAUAUAUAUAUAUAUAUAUUUAUAUAUAUAUAUAUAUAUACACACACACACACACACACAUACAUACUUAUAUACAUAUACAUACACAUACAUACAUAUACAUAUACAUAUACAUAUACAUAUACAUAUACAUAUAUAUACAUAUAUAUAUAUAUAUAUAUAUAUAUAUAUAUAUAUAUAUAUAUAUAUAUAUAUAUAUAUAUAUAUAUAUAUAUACAUACAUACAUACAUACAUACAUAUGCAUAUACAUACAUACAUUCAUAUGCACACACACACACACACACACACACACACACACACACACACACACACACACACACACACACACACACACACACACACACACACACACACACAUAUUUACAUAUACACAUAUGUAUAUAAACACAUUUAUAUGUAUGUGUAUAUAUAUGUAUACAUAUAUAUACACAUAUGUAUAUAUGUGUGUGUAUAUAGAUAUAUGUAUAUGUAUGCAUGUGUGUAUGUAACAUUUCUCUCCUCACUCACAUAGAUGGAAAUUUGGUGACAAGGGUAAUUGAAUCCAGAUUACAAGAAUAAUCUUAGAAAAAGAUUAUUGGAUUUCAUAUAAGGUGUGAGUGUGGGUUGAUGUUAUUAUGGACCAGAAACUAGUUGAUAGGCUGGAUAACUAUAUUCAAAUUGAGAACGAAUGGUUGCAAUUAAAGAGCAGAUUUGUUAUAUUUCUAAGAAUUUGUCCUUUCUUGCUUUUUUUCUGCUUUCUUUUGUUGUACAGUCGGGAGGGGAACUCAGAAUGAAGGACAGUGUUUGAGAGUGAAUUUGUAAUAUUGAGUGGGGAGUUAACAAAGUCAUCAUUUUAUUGUCUAAUAUGUAUGAUUGUGCGCCAUAAGUUUUUAAUAUAUUACAUUACUCCUUUGUAUGAUAAAACAAUGAUUUGUAUGUUUAUAGUCCUGUGAUCGUAUCAAUAAAUAGAAUGUGAAAGUCA